AAAAAACUCGACCGAAGCAGACGCGCCGCUCGGAAAUCGGAAAGUUGGAAAAUGCAUUUGUAGCAAAGGUGCGCGCGCCGUUCCACCCCCGCGAAUGAAAUUGUGUGUUGGCUCAGCUGUUUGGCAUCAUUUCUGCGAUUUCCAGCGAUUACACAAAUCCUGAGCUAUGAAAGCGCGCUAAUAGCGCCAAAGGUGUCCCAGUGUCGUCAAUUAUUUUCGAGAUCCGUGCAAUUGCGAAGAGAACAGAAAGCAACAAUCAUCAAAAAGUCCCGCUGCUGCCGGCCGCUUUGCCAGUGGGCGUCCGUGCGUGUGUGUAUCUGUGUAUUCUGUGUGUGGGUGUAUAGGUGUUUGCUGGCAUUCUCGGGAACGCUUGGGCAGAAGCCAAAAUGUGUGAACGCUUGGGCAACCGCGCAAAUAGCGCAUCUAAAUAAGAAGGAACCAUAAGCGAAAAUCAAUAACGCCGACCCGCUCGGCACAGUUUAUUACGCAAAGCAGCGAAAAUGUCUACAACGGCAAUGAGUUUGCCCAGGACCGCGCAGGCUGCACUGCAGCAGGGGCGCGACGAUGACUUCGGCCCCGGAGACGAAGCCGUUGGCGUUGCCGGGGAGACGGUGGCACCCGGUGGCGUCGCGGGAUCCGAUAGUGGGCGUGCUUCGGCCACGGAGUUCGAUGUCGUGGCCGAGGAGCAGCCGGCCCUCGCUACGGCGCAAUUGAGGGACUCUGGCGGCGGCGGCGGAGAUGUGUACGCCAGUCGCGGCUCCCAAACGAAAUGGUAUCUCCUGCCCGAGGAGGACUCGCCGCCAGAAGCAGCCUCUGUGGGGGAGUGCAAUGGAACUGCAGAGGACAACUGCCAAGAGGAUGCCUCGGAGAUAAUGCCAAAUACCGGAAAUCAAGCAAUAAGGAACGGCUUGGCGCAGCAGAUGCGGGCCGUUUCCAGUCCCACGCUGACAGAACCACUCGCGGUGCCGCCGCCACAGAAGCCAGAGGAAAGCGCCGCGGAUAUGACAACCACCACUGCUGUCACAGGCAACAGCAGCAGCAACAACAGCGGCGGAAAUGGAGGUGUUAGUGUAGUCGGUGGUGGCCUGGGCGUUCUGCAGAUGUUCAAGCGCACCCUGAACAACUUCAACAGCAAGAACCAACUGCACAUCACUCCGCUGCCAUCAGCCACGAGCACCAAUGUGCCAAAGACCAAGUCGUCGCCAACCACGCCGACCGUAUCCAUCACAGCCCCCGCUGCGGCGGCGCCAACAGUCAGCAGUGAAUCUGGUCCGGAGGGAGGCGAUGCCAGCUCUGGCAAGUACCGAUUCGGGCCCCUCAUCUGGCGCACCUCCAAGGAGCGUCGCAAGACCAAGUUCAACCGGCGUGACAAGUGCAACUCCGGUGACUCGGGCAUUCAAAUCGAGCUGGAGCAGGAUGAGCAGUACUCCCGGGCACUGGCGGCCAGCGGAGCUGGAGCUGCCAUUUCCGUUUCCGUCAACGGAACUUCAUCAAGUGGCGCCGAGUCCAAGAUCAGAGCCAUACGACGCACCAACUCGGCCAAGGCGAGCAGCCUGCUCGGCCCCCUGGCCCUGAAGUCCAGGAAUGCCAAGCACCUCAACAUUGGGGGAGAGUCUGGCAGAGUGGAACGCGAGGCACCCGAGUCUCUGCCCACGCGAUCUCUGAGCCAGCCCAACGGCCUGGAGACAUACGGCAUGGGGCGCCCGGAGCUGGAGGACAGCGACAGCGACAGUGUCACAUCGCACGAUGAAGCUGUCAGCUACUACCCCAACAUCUACGCGGAAGUUCUGUACAAUUUCACGGCCGCAGGGCCGCAGGAGCUGGGCUUGGAGCGGGGAAUGCUCAUUGAAAUAUUGCGCAAGGAGGUUGGACCCUGGUGGUUCGGACGCAUUAAGAAGGAGGACACCAAUCUCGUGGAGGAUAUACUGGAUCCCGAGCUGGGCUGGUUCCCCAAGGAGUUUGUGCGCAUUAUUCACUGUCCAGAGACGGACAUCUUUUUCAACGAGCACAGAGCAGCUGCUGCCGAUGCAGAAGCGGAGGCAGAGGCAGAGGGUAACGUGGAAGCGGAGCAGGCGCACGGUGAGGGAGCCUGUGGGGGAGGUGAAUCUGAAUCUUCUAUACCUCUAACUGUUGAUGCGUACGGCGAGGAUGCGGAUGUCACCGUAACGACGGACAAGAGCAACGUCACCCUAAUAGUCAUUGAGUCGCCUCCAACCCCACUGAGUGCACCCAGUGUGGACAUCCAGUUGAACCACAACACAAUCCUGCGCCGAAGUGCUGUACGGGAACUGCUCGAAACGGAGGCCAACUAUGUCAAGCUGCUGGCUGCCAUUUGUGAUGGAUAUCUGCCGGCCAUGAGCAAGCGCAUCGACAUAUUCUCGCCAAACAGUAUUCAGCUGAUCUUCUCCAACAUAACGGCCAUCUACAAGUUCCAGCGCAAGUUUCUCGAGGCCCUAAGGCGAGGAAUUGAGCAAAACCAGAUAGCCAAGGUGUUUCUCAAAAUGCACAAAGGUUUCCUCUGCUAUUCCACUUAUUGCAACGCCUAUCCCCGGGCCCUAAUCGAACUCGAGUCCUACGAUCGCGUCAAGGACGCACGCACUAUCUUGGAGAACUGCCGCGAGUCUGAGAACCUGGCAGAACUUCCGCUCUCCGCCCAUCUCCUGGCACCCGUGCAGCGCAUCUGCCGCUACCCCCUGCACCUCAACGAGAUCAUCAAGACGGCGCUAGAGGGCGAGACUCGGGAGUCGGGAGAUGAGGUAGACGCUGCCAAGCCGCUUGCCACCGACUACGAGCAGCUGGAAGUCAGUGAACUGGACAUACCCGAUUCUCGCGACAUUGUCAAUCAGGCGCUGGAAGCCAUGCGCGGCAUUACAGAGGCGGUCAAUGAGGGGAAACGCCACAGCGAGACGAUUGCCAGGCACCAGGCCAGCUUCCAGAACUUCAAGGGACCGCCGCUGCAUCUGCACAGCGCUCGCUUUUUCCUGCAGGUUGACGCCACGCGACAGAAGCAGAAUCUGUGGAACAGCAGCUGCACUCUGUUCCUGUUCGACAACCAGCUGGUCUACUGCAAGCGGGACAUCAUCAAGCGCAGCCACUUCAUAUACAAGGGUCGCAUUUUCCUGGACCGCUGCCGCGUCGUGAACGUUAGAGACGGCAAGAUGUUUGGACACACUAUCAAGAACUCCCUGCGCAUCUACUGCGAGGCUCGCCAGAAGUGGUACGACUUCAGCUUCCGGUCGGCGAACCGGAAGCAUCGCUUCCUGAGCACCCUUGCCCUGGAGCGUCAGUUCGGCGGGAAGCCCCUGUACGUGCAGGAGAUGGCUGGCUUCGAGUACAAUUACGAGGAGCGAUGUGGGGACUUCUCCGACCAAUCGGAUUACGAGGCGCAAGACUUCGACGCCACUGCCGGGGCCACCUCCGCCAGUGGGGAGAGCUCAGUGCCGGAGUCACCGGCCAAGUCAACUUCCCGCUUGUGCGAGACUCUGCCCAAAAAGUCACUGUCCCGGGACGGCAUAUCAUCCAGUGCAGACAACUCGCAGAUGCUGUCGACCACAUCGACGACGGGUUCGCUGGGAAGACGUCCCUUCGGCAAAUGGUUCCGCAAGCCAAAGAGCACCAACUGCACUCCGAGUCAGUCGCCGACUCACAAGCCCAGCUUCGAUGCUGACGCAACUCUCACAGAGGCCCGAGUGGCGGCCAUGGAGCUGGCUGCAGCCGACGACGAGGCCAACGCCGUGGACAGCUCGUACGCCUAAACAAGCUGGGGGUAGGGAGAGCUAUAACUCAUACACGGCACACCAUAUAUGGUAUAAAAUAUUUGUUACAAUAAUAUUAAAUUGCCUUUAAUCGUAGCAGGUCGAGUGGGUGUUGCCUUCGGAUGAGUUAACGUUUAUACGUUUAUGUUUACGUUUACGUUUACGUUAGUGUUAUCUUUUCGUUCAAUAUAAAUUUGAUUUCGUUUUUGUUUUUAAAUAGAUUUACGAAGAUUUUACGAAUAUCAGAAACAUGAAUAUUGUAUACUUCUGGCAUUUCAAUGCGACUGCUAGUCUAAAAACCCUAUUACCUGUCCAUACUUGUAAUUCUAGGUUACGUGAUAAGUCGAUAAUAAACAACAUCCGCCAAGCA